AUGGCACCCAAAAAAGUUUUGGUAUUCCUCGCAGACGGCAGUGAGGAAAUAGAAGCUACUGUAUCUAUUGAUAUAUUGCGUCGUGCACGAUUGGAUGUAACCGUUGCUGGAGUCGCAUUGAAAAACCCCGGCGCUUUUGCUGAAUGUAGUCGUGGCGUGAAUAUUGUUCCCGACACUGCUUACGAGAAUCUUGGUACUCCAUUGGAAGCAUUCGAUGCGGUUAUCAUUCCUGGCGGAUUGAUUGGUGCCAAAACACUCGCCGAAAAUGCUGAAGUGAAGAAGGCUUUGGUUACUGCUCACAAUAACGGACACUUUGUGGCAGCCAUUUGCGCUGGUCCGAUUGCAAUAAAAUCAGCCGGUAUCAACAAAGGAGGUAAACUGACGUCCCACCCAUGUGUAAAGGAAGAACUUGAAAAAGAAUACGAAUAUCAAGAAGAGAGGGUCGUCGUUGAUAAUAAAGUUAUUUCGAGUCGAGGACCAGGAACAGCCUUCCUCUUUGCCCUCACAAUCAUCGAACAGCUGUUGGGCGAAGAGGUACGCGAGGAAGUAUCAAAACCGCUGAUGCUUGCGCCCACCCUGUAA